AUGGUGAACAACGUGUUCAUUUCUGCGGUGACCACGGACACUUUGAGCCGGAAGGAGGCGGUCGCGUGGGUCAACAACAUGCUAAAGGUAUUGGCUUGCUUUCUACCUAUUUUUAAAUUCUUGGCGAAACGACGUAUUUUUGUGCAGAGUCACUUCACGAAAGUGGAGGAGAUGUCGUCGGGCGCGGCGUACUGCCAACUGACGCAUCUUCUGUUCAACGCGAUAAAUCUGCGGAAGGUGAAGUUCAACCCGCGAAACGAACCGGACGUUCUCAACAACUGGAAGGUGCUGACGACCGCCUGGAAGGAUCUCGGAGUGGACAAACCGGUCGACGUGGAGCGGAUGAAGAAGGGCAAAUUUCAGGAUAACAUGGAGUUUCUCCAGUGGUUCUACAAGGUUCGCGCCUCCUUACUUUAGGCAUUUUUAAUUCAAGGAGACAUUUGGAGAGAAAAUUGAAAAAUGAUUUGACAUUGCAGAAAUGUACCUCGACGUUGUGCCGUAUCAACCCCAAAAGCACAGAUUUCUGCAAUUUUUCCUUGAUUUUGCAGCAGCAAACUGCUGUUCAUCUAUUCUUUUAUUCACAAAAUUCACACUGUCGACAAUGUUUUCCCUUCGUAUUUCUUAGUAUAAGGAAACGAUCCACCGGUCAUUGGACGCGCUUGAACUCUACAAAAACGUUUGACUGUUUUUACAAUCACAUCCAAUACCCGUUGGAAAGGCUUUUUGGGUUGACAAGCCCGGCCAGGCACAACCCGAAAUUCCGGAAAAGUAAGGAAUUUCGAACUUAAACCGGGCCGUGCUCAGAUUUUGCAAGUCUGCCCAGCGCGAAGCAUAUUUUUGACCUUUUAAAUCAGGAAAAAACAUACUGCUGAAAAGUCGGGCGAAUUCGAGCAAAUUCGAGCAAAAAGGUGAAUAUCUGUGAAUUUGAGGUUGAUACGGAACAUCGUCGAGGUACGUUUCUGCAGUGUCAAAUUCAUUUUCAUUCUCUCCCCGGAUGCCUCUUUCAAAAGUGAGAAAUUUCUGAAACAGUUAAAAUCGCUUGUAGUUUUUCAACGCGAACCUGCCGAGCGAUCCGGAUGCGUACGACGCCGUGAGCGCCCGAUUCGGAGAAGAUCUACCCGCUCUGAAGGGAGCGGCGCGCCCGGCCGCACCGCCCGUGCGCUCGGUCCCACCGGUUGCCCGCCCGUUGCCUCCGGCCAAGACUGCCACGCCAUCGGUCGCCCAGACGACGCCCCCAGUUCGGAACGGAUCCCGACAGGCGCCCGCCACCUCUGCCGGAACCCGCAAGUCCGCGCCCUCGCCAAGCCGUGACGCUCUUGUCAAAGGUUUGUAAAUAGUAUCAUUGGUUCAUUAAGUCGGGUAAAAAAAGGUUUAAAAACCGGAUUUUUAAGAAAUCGAGGAGCACAAAUCGCUGGCGGCGGAAUGGGAAACUAUGGCAAAGGAGAUGGAGACGGAGCGCGAGUUCUAUUUUGCGAUGCUCCAAAAAGUGGAAGGACUGCUGCACUUGGCCGAAGAGAACAAGACGACGACGAUCGACGUGGAGGCACUCAGAAAAGUGCUCUACGAGGUGAGAAGGAAGAAAAGCGACCAUAAGAACAAUUCGGAAAAGUUUCAGGGAAACGAAGAAUCGGUAAGCGAGGAGAAGAACGAGAAAUUAGAGGGAUCGGAGAACGGAAACGCGGCUGAUUCUACUCUGGACCAAGCGCUCGUCGCCAAUCUCGACGAUACGGAGACAUUUUAG